CAAAAAAAAAAAAUCUGAUCUCUUUGGACCGAGCAACGCUCUCAAUUCACAUCACCAAAAGCAAAAUCCAGAACAUGAUCAAUUAAACCAUAUAAAUUCGAUGAAUAUCCCUUGAGAAUUGGAAUAUCGAUGAUCCACCAUUGCCAUUGCGUUUGCAUUUGCCCAUUCCUCUCUUCCUCUUCCAUCUUCAACUUCAUUGGCGAAGCAAAAAGCGUCAGAAUCAGCAUCAGCAUUAAUCCCCAUUGUCUUCUUAAUUUAAAGUUCGAAUCUUUCCAGCGGCAAUUUCACGGGUUCCUUUUUUUUUUUUUGCUUCGAUUCUUGUUUCCAUCGUUUCCGAACCCGGGAAGAACCCUAAUUCUCUUUUCCGUUUGAUCCGAUCCUCAGAAUUUAUCAUUUCUCCACCCCUUUGAUCGGUUUGAAUCCGAGAGGAGAUUUCAAAAUUUCCUCCAUCAUUUCGGGUCAAAUUGCCCUUUAAAUGCCGGGUUCUGUUGUCGAUCUCAUUCAUUCACGUGCCCGUAGAUCUGAGGAUGAGAUGUGAUCUGAACCCAGAAACCAUGAUGACCCGAGCCCAGAACACAAUCUGAUCCCUUUUCAUCUGGGUUCCUUCCGAUUCUGUCAUGUCGGGUCAUGGUGUAGGGCACGUGGGUUUACCUACGAAAAUGGAAGCUGCGAAAUCCAAACAUGGCUGCUCCAACCCGGCGAAGAAACCCGGACCCGUUUCCAUGGACCAUGUUCUUCUUGCCUUGCGUGAGACAAGAGAGGAACGAGAUGUCAGAAUCCGAAGCCUGUUCGAUUUCUUUGAUUCUGAUAACGUCGGCUACUUGGAUUGUGGCCACAUCGAGAAGGGUCUAUCUGCGCUUCAAAUCCCGAGCGGGUACAAGUACGCGAAGGAUCUGUUUAGGGUUUGUGAUGCAAACAGAGAUGGGCGUGUGGAUUAUCACGAAUUCCGUCGGUAUAUGGACGACAAGGAGCUUGAGCUUUACAGAAUAUUCCAAGCCAUUGAUGUUGAACACAAUGGCUGCAUUUCGCCGGAGGGUCUCUGGGAUGCACUCGUUAAGGCCGGAAUUGAGAUCAAUGAUGAGGAGCUUGCUCGCUUUGUGGAGCAUGUUGACAAGGACAACAAUGGAAUUAUAACUUUCGAGGAAUGGAGAGAUUUUCUUCUGCUAUAUCCACACGAAGCCACCAUAGAAAAUAUAUACCAUCACUGGGAAAGAGUAUGCCUUGUGGAUAUCGGAGAGCAAGCUGUUAUUCCAGAAGGAAUCAGCAAAAACGUAAAGAGGAGCAAAUUUUUCAUCGCAGGUGGAAUAGCCGGUGCUGCUUCUAGGACUGCGACUGCACCUCUGGAUCGCUUAAAAGUCCUUUUGCAAAUCCAGAAAACUGAUGCUAAUAUCCGAGAAGCCAUUAGGAUGAUAUGGAAGCAGGAUGGAUUUUGGGGUUUCUUCCGAGGCAAUGGCUUGAACGUUGUGAAGGUGGCACCGGAGAGUGCAAUCAAGUUUUAUGCAUACGAGCUGUUUAAAACCGUUAUCGGGGAUAAAAUGGGCGAAGCAAAAGGGGAUAUUGGAACUAGUGGUAGGCUUUUUGCCGGGGGCAUGGCCGGGGCAGUGGCCCAAGCUGCUAUAUACCCUUUGGAUCUCGUGAAAACUCGGUUGCAGACUUGCUCGGGUCAAGGCGGUGGCGCGGGGCCCAGGUUAGGAGCUCUGACUAAGGAAAUAUGGGUUCACGAAGGCCCUCGAGCGUUCUACAAAGGUCUUUUCCCAUCUCUUCUCGGGAUUAUUCCAUAUGCGGGUAUCGACCUUGCCGCUUAUGAGAAGUUAAAGGACUUGUCCAAGACUUACAUUCUACAAGACAGUGAACAACCGGGCCCGCUCAUCCAACUAGGGUGCGGGACAAUCUCGGGAGCUCUUGGAGCAACCUGUGUUUAUCCAUUGCAGGUUGUAAGAACAAGGAUGCAAGCCGAGCGUGAGACAACCUCGAUGUCUGGGGUAUUUCGGAGGACAUUACGCGAAGAAGGGUAUAGAGCGUUCUACAAAGGGCUUAUCCCGAAUCUUCUCAAGGUUGUUCCCGCUGCAAGCAUUACGUAUUUGGUUUACGAAGCAAUGAAAAAGAGUCUCGAGCUCGAAUAACAAGAAUCUUUAGAGAAAAUCCAUGAUGAUGAAGGAAAAAAAAACAGGGGAAUAACAAAAAAAAAAAAGAGCAUAUGAAAGUAGAAGGUACAGAGAUUGUUGAAACAACAUAUUUCUCUCAUUCUUCAUUGAGUGAGAGCAUAACUUCAUGUUGUUAAGUUAAAAAGGUGAAGAAGUCUCGAGUUUUCCUCCGGCUUUGUAGCCUUUGAGUUCUUUACAUAGGAAAGGGGAUGAUGAUAGUAUUUUGCUUUAGGUCUUUAGGGAUGGUAUCAUUUGCCCUAACGACAUGGCAAAGUGGCAAAGUUCUUGUUUGGUGCUUUGGUUUUUCUGCAUAUGAUUCCUCCAUAGGAUCAUAUUUUUUGGAUAGUUGCAGGGUUUUUUAACUCGUUUUAUCGGUAUCGGGUUUGCUGCCAUUCGAGUUCUUGCGUCGGAACAAACAAUGGAAUUGUGAGUUUCUUCUUUGCG